AUGCAGCACGAUGACGCAGCGGCGAAACCGCUGCCCCCUUUUAUCCUCGAUCGGUUCAGGGCCAUGGUGAAGGAGAGAGAGGAAGAACUUAGGGUUUACUGUUAUGCCAGCGACGACGCCGUUUCUCCCUUGAGCACUGAUGAAAUUGUUCGGCUUUAUGAGAUUGUGCUAUCGGAGCUCACCUUCAAUUCCAAGCCCAUAAUCACUGAUCUGACGAUAAUUGCAGGAGAGUAUAGAUCGCACGGUGAGAGCAUCGCAGAUGCUAUUUGCGCUAGGAUUAUUGAGGUUCCAGCUAAGCAAAAGCUGCCUUCUUUAUAUCUUUUGGAUAGCAUUGUAAAGAAUAUUGGCGGUGAAUAUGUUAAGUAUUUCUCUGCCCGCUUGCCUGAGGUUUUCUGUGAGGCCUAUGCACAAGUCCACCCCAACAUGCAUCCUGUAAUGCACCGUCUUUUUAAUACCUGGUCAACGGUGUUCCCAACAUCAGUACUUAGAAAGAUUGAGGCACAGUUGCAAAUUUUGCCUUCUGCGAACCAUCAGUCUUCCGAUGUGACUCUCUUGAGAGCUUCUGAGUCUCCACAGCCCACACAUGGCAUACAUGUUAAUCCAAAAUAUUUGGAAUCCCAGCAUCACUUUGGACGUUCUACUGUAGAUAAUGUUGGAGCUGGAGGUCUAAGCUCCUCUACUUAUGGAAUUGAGCAUGACAGGUCAUUGUCACCAUCAUUUGAUGAGUUUGAUGCGGAUAGUCUUCGCAGGCUACCUGCUGAAAGAGCAUCUCCAUCUCAUUCUGGCUUUGGUUAUGGGCUUCGCAGAGUGAUGGGUACAGAUGAAAAGGCAAGUGAAUGGCGAGCAAGAAAUUGGCGUGAUGCUUCCAGUCACCGGCUUAAAAAUUCAGCUGUAUACAGUUCUGAAAAUGGAGUUGAUCUUCGAGGACCUAGAGCUUUGAUUGAUGCUUAUGGAAUUGAUGAAAGGGAAAAAAAAUUCAACUUUGGACAUCCAAAUUUGGAUGUAAAUGGUGUUGACGAGAAGGCAUCUAUCAAGACAUGGAAAAACACGGAAGAGGAAGAAUUUGAUUGGGAAGACAUGAGUCCUACUUUAGGAGAUCGAAGUCGGUAUAAUGAAUUACAUUCAUCAUAUGUUCCAUUAAAUGGUAACUUGAUGGAAAGACACUGCUUUACUACACACCAUUCUGCACCUUUUGCGACUCAUUCCAGAAGCAGCUGGUCUAAGAUCCAAUUUUCUUCAGCUGCUGAUUCUUCUGUCAUUAAGGAUGUGCCCCAUAGUUCUGGUCAUGGAGUAAUUAGCAAGAUUACUGGACUCUGCACACCCACAAGUCAGAUUAAUGCUUCUAGUUCUGCUCGCGAAUCCUGGAAUUCUCCUCACCAUUUUAAUUCCAAAGGAGGUGGUUCCUAUUCUGGAACUGUAAGUUUUUCCUCAGCUGGUGAGGUAAAGCCCCCAAUAAUGGGCAAUUUCCCCAGUAAAGACGGAAGAUUUAGCAGGCCCCCGGAUGUGGGGUCCACGAUCAGUUCUAUGUUUGACUCUCUAUCUCCAGAGAUUCCAUCAGCUGAUGCACCAGCUUUAACAGAAUCAUGGCUUCCUGCAAAGUUGCAGAGUUCAUAUCCACUGCCUUCACUUGCUGCUCUUCCCUCGCAAAUGCACAGUAGAGGUCAGUUUAACACUAUGAGUUCUGGUAAUGUCAUAGUUGAUCAAGGUCUGAACAAGUCAAUUCACUCUAAGCAGCAUUUCAGUGGCACUAAUAGCAUGCCACGAAGCAAAUUGCCUCAAUUUCCUAUUCAGUGCCCUGGAUCAUUCCCCUUGAAUCUGCAAAGUUCUGCACAAGCUACUCUAGUACAGCCACAUUUAUUAAAGUCUCAGGGGGUUCGGCUAAAUCUGCCUCUUCCUUCUUCAGCGUCAGGCCUUUCACAUGCAACAAUACAACCUCUGAAUCAUGGAUACGCUGCACAGCGGCAUGAUCCUCCUAGUGAUACUGCCUUGCGUGAUAUAGUUUUGGGUUCGCAGUCAUCUUUGCCGAUCAAUAAUGCUCCAUAUACAAUUCAUUCACUUGGGAUGCCAUUAGCAUCUUUACCGCGAGGGCCGCCUCUUGGCACAGCACAAUCAUUACCUAUUCAACAAAAUAUAGGUCUAGUUGCUCCUAGUCCCUCAGCUGGGGCUGCACUUUCUGGUUUAAUUAGUUCUCUGGUAGCUCAAGGUUUGAUAUCAUUAUCAAAACAGGGUUCAGUGGGUGUGGAGUUUGAUCCAGACCUUCUUAAGGUGCGUCAUGAAUCUUCUAUAACUGCUUUAUAUGCUGAUCUUCCAAGACAAUGCAAAACAUGUGGCCAUCGAUUCAAAAGCCAAGAAGAGCACAGCAAGCAUAUGGAUUGGCACGUGAACAAGAACCGAACAUUAAAAAAUCGUAAGACGAAGCCUUCUCCCAGCUGGUUUGUGAGCAUUAGUAUGUGGCUUCAUGGUGCAGAGGCAUUGGGAACGGAAGCAGUUCCAGGAUUUUUGCCUGCUGAAAACAUUGUGGAAAAGAAGUAUGAAGAAAUGGUGGUUCCUGCUGAUGAGAAUCAGACUGCUUGUGCUUUGUGUGGUGAGACUUUCGAUGAUUUUUAUAGUGAUGAGAUGGAUGAGUGGAUGUACAAGGGGGCUGUAUACAUGAAUUCACUGGCUGGGUCAUCAGAAGGGAUUAACAGGUCUCAGUUAGGUCCUAUAGUGCAUGCUAAAUGCAUGUCUGACUCUCGUGUGAUUCCUGCUGAAGAUGUUACAAAAGAUGAAGGGGAAUUAACUGAAGAGGGUAUUCAGAGGAAAAGAAUGCGGAGUUAA